ACACUAUAUCUCCACUUGAAGCCGCGCUAUAUUAUACUUUAAAAGAGAACAGCCGAGACCCUAGAAUAACGGGGAACCACAACUGAGAAGCUAUACCGCUCGAGCCCUCACUUCACAACGGGCAAUAUGCCUCGAUCAAGUUUUUCGGAUAAUCCGUUGUUGCGCGUAUCACGACCGGUAUCAGCCUGUUCAAGAUGUCGAGCAGCUAAAGUCAAGUGCGAUGGGAAGCUCCCGGCAUGCACGGCCUGCGAAAAGGCUGGUCGCGAGAAUGAGUGCUCGGCUGCUAACGAUCAAUUCGCGAGAGGCAAGGAACGGAGCUAUGUCGCCGCACUCGAACUUCGCAUAGAAAAACUAGAAAAGCGAUUGGAUUACGCUCGGUCGAGAAAGGCCUCAGUCGCUCAACAUGAAUCUGAGGUGCCACCAGCGCAACUGGAGCCCGAUCGGAAGGAUUCGCUCGCAACCAUUAAAGCCGCUAUAUAUCGAAAAGCCGCACGGAAACGAGAGAUGUCAGAUGUCAAUUCUUUGAUGUCUGAUUUUGGCUUCUUAUCAAUCAAUGCUACCACAAGGGAUUUUGAGCCCUCAAUGGGCAACAUGACGUUCGCACGCCUUGUACUAGCUGCGGCUUCUAAUGACCCUCUUCCGCACAUCGUGGAUUGGAACCUACCUUCUAGGCAAGAUGCUAUCGCUCUGGUUCAACACUAUAUGGCGAAUAUUUACUCGCUAUAUCCUGCAUUCCCCGAGACAACUCUCUAUACCGUACUAGAGCAAAUGUAUUCGUUCCAAGAUCGCACAAUCAAGGAUUCCGACUAUUGGCUUGUAUUUAUGGUGUUGGCCAUAGCGUCCACCUCCCAGAGUCGGGUAAAGAACGACGAACACUAUAAUAAUGGGUUGCGCUUUGUUUCACAAGCCUUGCGAUAUGCCGAUAGAGCAUUGAUGCCUGGGUAUACGACACAAAUCCAAUCAUUAAUUCUUCUCACGGAGUACUCGAUGCUUGACCCUACCCAUUUCGACAGUUGGCAUUUAAUAGGAUUCACCUCCAGGGCAGUGAUUGACCUAGGGUUCCACCAGGACCCUCCACCUGAGCAACUAUCAGAUAAAGCGGUGUUGGACAUGAGACGGAAGACUUUCUACUGUGUUUAUUCCUUAGACAGAUCCAUAAGUAUGGUUCAUGCACGAGCCUUUUCCUUUACUGAUGCUUCUACAAAUGUCGCUUGGCCAAGACCUUCAUCCUUCAGUCGCCGAGCGUCAAUCACUGGUAAAAUCCUUUCAGGAUCCGAGCCAGCAUUUUUACUUUUUCAACUACGACGAGCCCAGUCACAUUGGUACCAAGCAUUAUUCCAAGCGGAACCAACCCCACUGCACGACUCAACUUCAUUUAUCUGGCAGAUGUGCCAAGAUAUGAGAGAAUGGGCCGAGGCGCUCCCUACCUCAUUGCCCGUUGGUAUGAGGGAGUUAUUUGACCUUGAGUUGCGGUACAGUUAUGUUUAUUGCAUUGCUCCUUCAGCUAGGGCUCCUCAUAUGACAGAUUAUGGCCGAUUACUCAUCUUCGAGCAUGCCAUUGCGUACCUCGAUCGCAUAUUCGAAAUUUCCCAUAGCGGGAUGAAAACCGCCUUUUAUACCUAUCACGAUGCCUUACGUGUCUUCUUCAUGGCUAGUCAGUUCGUCGCGGUCCUUCGUGAUGCCGAAGAUUUGCUUCUUGCUGGUGUCACCCCGCCAUUACCACUCGUCGAACUUGGCAAGGCGCCGCCACCCCCUCUUCCGCCACGCCCUGGUGGUCCUGGGGCAGACAACCUAGAGAGGAGUCUAGCAUGUUUAGAAAAGACCAUGCGGACACUAGCUAGGUAUGGCGAACGAUGGGAGACCUGUGCGUCUCUCAAAAUGAGCUUCGAGAUGAUCUCGAGCGAAUUAUUCGAUCGCCUUCGGCUGAGGAAGCAAAUUAAACAACAAUCGCCACCACCACCCCCUCCUCCCCAAAAUGUCUCACCUCCGAUGCCGAGGGAAAUGAAGUGGGUUGGUGUCGACGUCCAAGCUCUGAUGAGAGGGAGCUCGGGCGGAUCGAGAGGCGCUAAAUUUGAUUAAUGAGCUCACAGGAAUUCGCAUGUAACCGGCCUCGGGAUUCCCUGCAAGUUGGUUCGCUUCGCGUUCCGAAAGCACAAUUGAGGCGCAAAGCUUCAAUUCAUACAUGACACUCACAAAUCUCAGCUCUUGGCAUUUAUUCCACCAAAGUUUCAACAUUCAUCAUUCACUUCCACUUCGUCUUCAAGGGGUUGAGACCCUCCUUUCCAACUUACCCCCUUUUAACAUUUCAUCUUCUCUACAUCAGCAUUUAUCUAUUCGGUACCUAGAUAGGUACCUGUCAUGAAGCUACUAAUGCUGCAUGGCAGACGAAUACCACAACUCACUUAACUAUAUAGUGAUCAUUUACGAUAUUUUUUAGGAGACGAUACAGCAUGACCACUACC